UAGCAAACUUAAUAACUGCGGUUUUAUUAAGAUCGUAUAAUAUAUCUUCUAUUUUAAUUUCCGAAUUAUUCCAUUGGCGCUAAACGUGUUAAGAACAUCUGCAAACAUUUAAUUAAAUGAUUAUAAAAUAUACAAGUGUUACAGAAUUUUUAGCAAUUAUUUAAAAAACUGAAUAAGGGGAAUUUACUUUUUUCUUAUUUGUGUAUUCGAUCUUAAAUAAUUCGAUCUCAGUAAUCGAUUUAUUUUGGUUGUCAAAGCCUGUUGAUAAAGUGGAAAUGUCAAAUUUUCAAAUUUAAUCUCUAUCUCUAAACUCUAACCACACUUUUUUUAGUUUCUUUUCAUAGAGAUUAGAUUUAAAUUUAUUAUUCACACAAACAUAAAACGUAGUGCAAAGUGCAACUAGCUGUAAUAAUUAAAUAAAAUCUAGAAUGUCUCGCCAACAUUGGGAUGAGUUUUAUGCUGCUAAUUCACCACCUGCUAAUUAUGAGGAUAGUCAAAAACAAAUAAAAUUGUUUUGUGAAAAACACCAUCAUAAUAACCAAAGAAUAGUAUUAGUAACGUCUGGAGGCACAACAGUGCCACUGGAACAUAAUACAGUCAGAUUUGUAGAUAACUUUAGUGGUGGUGUUCGAGGAGCUGCUUCCACUGAGUAUUUUUUGAAACGUGGUUAUGCAGUGAUAUUUUUACAUAGAUUGAAGUCACUAGAACCAUUUACUAGACAUUUUGGUGGGCAGAAAUUUUUGGAAAUGUUAGACAUUGAUAAAAACGAACAAGGGACCUCAAUAACAGUUAAACCUGAAUACAUAAAGGAAGUAGCUCCAAUUUUAGUUAGUUACAAAACUGCUCACCAAGAAGGUAGAUUAUUAUGUGUGAAUUUUACAACUUUGUCAGACUAUUUUUGGUUGUUGAGGGCAGCUUGUGAAAGUCUAACAAUUUUUGGAACAAAUGCUAUGUUGUAUUUAGCUGCUGCAGUUUCAGACUUUUUUAUUCCUCCUAACCAGAUGAGUACUCAUAAGAUUUCAUCAGAUGCUGCUCCAAGUAUACACCUGCAAUUAGUACCAAAACUACUAACACCUAUUGUGAGUGACUGGCUUCCACAUGCAUUUGUAGUCUCAUUUAAGUUAGAAACAGAUCAAAAUAUUUUAAUCAGCAAAGCCAGGGGGGCUAUAGACAAGUACAAACAUAAGUUGGUAAUUGGGAAUAUGCUACAUACCAGAAGAACGGGAGUGAUCUUUGUGAAACCUGAUACGAGCGAAGAAGUGAAAAUCACCCCAGAACAGGCGGCAAGCGGAAUCGAUUUAGAAGAUAGUAUAGUAACCAAAGUGAUAGCUGAGCACAGUUUAUUUAUUGAACAAGAAGGCUGAAUUAUGACAGUUUUAAAGCAUAACAGAUAUACUAGUAUUUUUAAACAAUUUAAAAUUUUACUAUGACAAUUUUUGUAGAUUUGUUUUGUAAUUUUAUAUUUCAAUUAUUUUUCUGUGGGUACCUAUUUUACUACAUUUUUUUAAAGUUUUUUUUGUAACUUUAUAUUUAAAUUAUUUAUUUGUGUUAUAUAUUUAUAUGUGGGUACCUAUUUUAAAAUAGGAGAGCAAAUAUCAUUGGAAGUUAAGUUAAAACAUAUUCUAUUGAUUGGUGAAUCUAGGACUUCUCCUGCUAAUCUCGAAAUCAGCGUUCCUAAGACUAAAUCUUCCAAAUUUUAAGUUAGUUUUAUGCAUUGCCCUUAUUGUUGAUUUUUGUAUUUAUCUUUUGUUUAGUAUCCACCGUUUUGCAGAAAAGUUAUAAUUUUUUCCUUAAAGUUGUUUCGUCAUUUGAAUAAUUCAUUAAAUUAUAGACCGAAAUCAAAUAGAACAUUGAUAGAUUAUACUACAGUAGAACCCCGCAAAUCCGAACUAAUUGGGGGGCAGCCUGUUCGGAUUCCGAAAAGUUCGGAUUAUCCGAAAGUUAACUUGUAAUUCAAAGCUUUCGCACUCGUUGAUUUUUAGUGUCUGCACCUGUCUCACUCUUUCCCUCUCCCACCCAUCUUAGAUUGAUGUCACUGUUAACGGCCAUUGGCAAAUCUAAAAAACCACGAGCUUUGAAUAACAUGAACGCUUUGCCUGUUUAUUAUAGGGCCCAAAGGAAAGCAGGCAUGAAUAGUGCACUUUUUAAGGAAUGAUUUGAAAAACAAGUUGAACCAUCCGUUUCGAAAUUCAAUAAGGAAGUGGGGCUUCCCAAAAGAGCGCUACUUUUCUUAGAUAAUACUACUUCACAUCCUGAAGUAAUGGAGCUUUUAUGUGAUAAAAUUAAAGCUGUUUUCCUACCACCAAAUGUGACCCCGUUAGUGCAACACAUGGACCAGGGUGUUCUGCAGUUUAUAAAACUGUACUAUACAAAAAAUUUGGUACUGACUGUAUUAGAAGGCGAGGAAAGUUUCAUUUCUGACAACUUGAAAAAAAAAUCACCGUAAAAGAUGUCAUUGAUUGGGUGGCUGAGGCCUGGGACAACUGCCCUGAUACUUUAAUUAGAAAAUCGUGGAAGAAGUUGUGGCCAGAUUUACAAUUUAAAGAAGGUCCAUUUUUCCAAGCUCCUUUACAAGAUGCCCUUUUAGAAGUCAUACAACAACUUCCAGGAUGUGAAAACGAAGAAGAAAGUGCAAUAACAGAUUGGAUUGAAGCUGACGACAAUGGGCACCAAGAAUUUACGGAUGACAUUGUAGACUUGGUUCAACCUCAAGGCAACCCUAAUGGAGAUGAAGAAAGCGAGGAAGAAGGUUCCCUGCCUGAUCGAGUGACACACACAGAUGCUACUAAAGCUCUGGAUGUGGCUCUACGUUACGUGGAGCAGAACUUUGCUACGUUAUCGGUCGAUGUAAUGAUUAUGCAUAACUAGUUCAACAUCGCUGCGUCAAGUCGCUAUACCUUCAUGCAUCUGAAGAAAAUGACCGACUUCUUUAAGAAUGCACCUGAGGGCUGCAAAAGUUCUCGUGAGAGUGUGGGCAAUAUUUUUGGACAUAAGUUGACUACAAGUUUAUGUACUAAUUUUAUAUUUACCCUUUAUAGUCGAGGAAAUGAAGCAUUUGGCUCGCAAUUUUUUCGUCCAGCAUGGAUUUACUUGAAAUUUUCACAGAAGGUAGGGAAUAGUCCAAGGAUCAUUUUCUAUAUCAUGCCGCUGUACGCUAAAACCUUGGGGGUGGUUGCCACCCCAUCUCGGGGGCGGGAAUUUUUGAUUACAUUUUAACCAUGUAAAUCGAUGUAAAAAGUAAUUUUAAGAACAAAAUAUUUUUUACAUUUUCUUUGUAAAACUAAUAUUUUUCGAGUUAUUCACGUUUGAAGGUAACAGUUAUUCGAUGAAAAAAUCGACUUUUUUGGAGGUUUUUUUGAGAAUACCUCGAAAAAUAUGCUUACUUACUUACUUAAGCCGUCCUCUUGUACCUUACGUGUCGAGGUAAGUGGAGAAAUGAGACGUCUCCAUGCCUUUCGGUCGGUAGCUAGUCUUUCUGCUUCUCUCCACCCAAUAUUUCUUUUUCCGCAAGCCUUUCCAAUAUUUGCAUUCCACGUUCUUGCUGGCCUGCCUCUUCUUCGUUUGUUGUCAGAUGCCGCUUUCCAUACCCUCUUUACAGUUCUUCCUUCACUCAUUCUCGCCAUAUGUCCGAACCACGAUAACUGUUUCGUUUCAAGUCUGUCUAAGGUCCUUCCAACACCGCACCUUUCACGUAUGUCUUCAUUUCUUAUACGAUCACGUCUGGUCACCCCGGAUACCGCACGUAAAUAUCGCAUUUCGCAUGCUUGGAUUUUACUACGGAUGUUGUCGUUCACUGUCCACGUUUCACUACCGUAGAGUAGCACCGGCUCGUAUACGGUUUGAAAUACUUUCAUUUUUGUCUUCAGGCUUACUUCUUUCUUCCUAAUAAAACUUUUAUUUAGUGCAUAGUAUAAUUUUGUUGCACUCAUUACCCUGCUGUUUAUUUCUGGUUCUAUAUUUCCUUGCCCAUUCAUUGUUGAUCCUAGAUACUUGAAGUCCUCAACUUGUGUAAUGGUCUCAUUAUUCAACUUAACAUUUAUAUUUUCUUGUGUUUUCGAUAUUACUAAAGCUUCUGUUUUUUCAAUAUUUAUUCUCAUCCCAAAUUUCUUAAAGGCUUCAUUCCAAACAUUCACAUUUACUUGCAAGUCUUUUUCUGAUUUUGCCACAAUAACCAGGUCAUCGGCAUAUAUCAACUCUGACACGCAAACUUGUUGAAGUUUAUACACUCCAACCCUAGUUCUUUUUACCUUACCCCUGCAUUCUUUUGCAAUUUCGUCCAUUAGAGUGAUAAAUAACAAAGGACUCAGAACACCACCUUGUCUUACACCUGUCCUUGUGUAGAAUUCAAGAGAUGAGCAAUUGUUCGUUCUUACAUUAUUACGUGUACAUUUAUAUAUACUCUUUAUUGCUUGGAUUAACUUCGGUUUCACAUUUCUACGGUUUAAUAUUUCCCAGAUCUUGUUACGUGGCGCCCGAUCAAAUGCUUUUUCCAAGUCCACAAAACAGAGAUACAACUUACUGUUAUGCUCUAGGGCUUUUUCUGAUAACUGUCUCACCGUGAAUAUGAGAUCGGUUGUACCUCGCCCUGGCCUAAAGCCGCAUUGGCUGUCAUCCAGUCUGGCCUCGAUCUUUUCUCGCAGCUUUUUCUCUAGUAUUAUUUCGUAGAUUUUACUAGCAACUACCAACAAUGAUAUUCCUCUAUAGUUAGAACACUUAGAAAAAUAUGCAUUUAAUCAAAAAAAUUGUAGUUAUCAAAAUUGUAUAUUUCAGUAACACAAAUCAAAUUCUUUUUCUGUUCUAUCUUUAAAACCAAUACAAACCGAGAUACAGCAUGUUAAAAGUUAGCUUUUUUCGUCAAAUACAUAAUUUGAAAUAUUCAAAGUAAAAUAACGGAAAAACUUUGCAUUUUUAGAGGAAAACGUAAAUUAUCUUUUUUCAAGUAUACAGUUAGAUCUUUCAAAAAAUAACAAUAAAAAGUUUCUAGCCUGAAAAUUAAGCGACUUAUGAUCAAAAAAAGGUUGGUACCUGCUUUCCUCUAUGAAAAAAUCAGUGAAAACAACCCACUAACUACCUUCCUAAUUAAAAAUUGGUCUUCACCUUUCUGUAAUUCCUUUUAUGUUUGUAUUAUAAAUACACCCAAGAAGUUUGACCAAUUUAAAAGGCCUAAUUUUAAAAAAAUUGGAGUUUAAAGAAAAAUAAUUUUUUUGGAAUUUCCCAUUUUUUACCUUUUACUUCAAAAUAUCUCCGAAAAUACUGGAGAUACAAAAAAAAUGAUAAAUUUCCAAAUUGUAGAUUUUUUAAUAUCUAAAAUUAUCUUGUGCAUAGAUUUUCAUUACAGUUAACAGUUAGCGAGAUAUAGCUGUUUAAAACUUAUAUUUACGAGCAAACACCCCCUUAUUCGAGCCCUUUAAACACACCCUAAUUAAAAACUAGGGGAUCUUAUGGAAUUUAGUUUACACAGUCUUAUAACUCUUUAAAAAUCCUACGAAGCUAUUUUUGACAAAACUUUUUAUCGCCAAAAAUGAAGGAGCUAUGUUUAUAAAACAAAUUUUUUUUUUCGAGAAAUUCGGAUAGUCCGCGUAUGGAUAAUUUUCAAUGUAUAUAUAAUACUACAGAACCGGUUCGUAUACUGGAAGAUGACUAAAAAACUAUUUGUAUUUGUACAUAUUUGUAAAUUCGUAUUUUUGUGUAAAUAAAUGCUUUUGUAAUUCUUUAAUUGUACUUUUUUUUCUGUAUAGAUUUAUUAAAAUAUCAACUUAUAAAAAUUGUAAUGUUAUUAAGGGUGGUUUUUAAGAGAUGAAAUAUUAUGAUAUUAUAUCCUAAAGUAUAAAACAAUAAUUAUUUAACCAAUCAAAACCAAAUUUUACCCAUAUUAAAGUUUACAAUGUUUUUAUAUAAUUAUUGACAAUAAGGGGUAGUUUACACCCCUAAAAAUAAUCAACGCCCUGAAGCAUGAUAUAGAAUAUGAAGUACAGGGUGAGUUUAUAAUUUUUUACCAUUAGGGGUAGUUUUCACCCUUAAAAAACCAAAAGCGUACAACGGCUCAAUAUAGAAAAUGAACUAGAGGGUGUAAUGAGCCCAAUCCCAAAUUUUUGUACAAAUCGAUGCUGGACGAAAAAAUUGCGAGGUUUUGCCAUUUUUUCAGCUUCAUUUCCUCGACUAUUAUAAGCACUACGUAUAAAGUACGCAUUUAUUUAAGACAUUUUAAAAGUCAAAGUCCUAUUAAUCCUACAUUGUUCAAUUUUCUGGCUUUACCCUGUAAACAUGUUUUUGUCUUGCAUUUUUUUUUUCAAUUUCCGUUGGUUCGGAUUUGCCGAACGUUCGGAUUAGCGGGGUUCGGAUUUGCGAGAUUCUACUGUACAUACAGUUUCAGUACAUGACAGUGGAACAUACAGACAUAACCUUUCGCUCUCUUUUGUCUUUCCCUUAAAGUUUUAAUAUAGUUCAAAAAUGAAUAACCAUUUUCAAUUAUAAAUUGUAAAAUUCCCUCAUCUUCCUUAGUCUCAGCAUCCGUUGUGGCUUGCAAAUUGUAGAAGCCUCGGAGGUGUAACCAGAGAAGGUUCCCAUUGUUUUCAGUCUGGUGGGAUGUAGAGUAACAUUAUGUUGUUUUAUAUGCCAUUAGAUUGAAAACUUGCAUGAGUAACAUUCAAAAAAUGGCAUCUAUGCCAUUUCGUUCGUUGCAAUCCGUGACUGCACGCCGGGGUUUGUUCUAGUUGGGUCAGAGAGAGCAACAUAUGUGCCUCCUGAUGAGAGACUAAUAAGUUUCGAAACCGGUAGAGGUGCUUGCUGCACUCUCUGAUUGGACUAGAAUAUGAUGCGGCUGUAUUUUCGUUUUUCAACGAAAUUGAAAAUGGUUAUUCAUUUUUGAUUUACAUGUUUACUCUGAUUGGAGUAUGAAGGGAACCAUUCUCGUUGGAACUUUACCGCGCUGAGCAGAUGGGACGUGAAUUAUAAAUUGUAAAAUUCCCUCAUCUUCCUUAGUCUCAGCAUCCGUUAUGGCUUGCAAAUUGUAGAAGCCUCGGAGGUGUAACCAGAGAAGGUUCCCAUUGUUUUCAAUCUAGUGGAAUGUAGAGUAACAUUAUGUUGUUUUAUAUGCCUUUAGAUUGAAAACUUAGUCUUUUAAUAUAGCAUUUGAUAACUUUCUUAUAUUUGCAGAAAGCAUUAUGAUAUAUAUUUGGGCAUUUGAAAGUGUCACUUUAAAAAAGUGUACCCUUUGAACAGCUCUUGUGACAAAUGAAAGUAUUGGUUAUUAGAAUUAGUAUUUAUUAUAAGCUUGGUUAAAGGGUACUGAAUAUGAGCUUUUGUAAGGUGGAAAUAAAAUUUUGUUUUUGUUUAA